GGGGGGGGAGGGAAGGGUUGGGGACGGGGGGCGGUCUGCAAAUCAGGGUUUAUGUUGCGGGUUGCCAGAGGGGUCCGAUCUGUUUGAGAAUCUGAUCUUUGAAGUGGCCAUGCACGAUGGCGAGCGCAGUGUAAGAUGGUGGAAGUGCCUUCUUCAGAGGGGAAGGGAGGGAGGUGGAGGGAGUGGGUCAAUGAUCCCAUCACUGGAGGGGAAUCGUGUGGAGGAGAGUCGAUGACGAGGAGGAUGCCGGCGGAGACGAAGCCGAAUGAGCAGCAGCCACAAGGCGACAUCGGCUUGAAGAUGAGGUCAGAUCUGCAGGCAGACUGGUCUGUCGGCCGAAGCCCCUUAGCUUUGGCAUUAGGGUUCGGCGACCAGUCCUUGUCGGUGUGUGGGCGGAUGGAGUUCUCGUGCAUGGCUGGUAGAACAAUUGCCACUUGUUUGUUCUCGACUUACCCGUUGAAGCUCAUGGUGGCGAGAAAACUUCCGAAGCAGUCUGUCGAUGCCGUCUGGGUGUAUGCGAUCACCUAUGGCGGAGGUAUCGUCUCGGGCGACCAUAUCUCCUUUACGCUGGAUGCGGGGGGCAAGUCCACAGUUGUUCUGACGACGCAAGCGUCGACAAAGGUCUACCGGUCGCUGCCGGAGAAGAUUGCUCAGCAGAGUAUGAAAGUCGUGGUGCAAGAUGGGGCGUUGCUCGCGGUCCUGCCGGAUCCCGUUGUGUGUUUCGAGAAGAGCAGGUACGUUCAGAAGCAGCACUUCUCGCUGUCGGGUGAUGCCAGCCUGGUCCUCGUCGAUUGGCUAACGAGUGGGAGGAGAGAACGAGGGGAAGUUUGGGCUUUCGAUGCCUACCACAGCGAAAACAGGAUCUUGAAUCUGGAUGGGAGACCGAUUGCAUUUGACGUUGUGCGCCUGGCUCAAGGACCUGCACUGACAGUCUCACAAAGAAUGAAGAACAUGCACGUCAUCGCACUCAUCUUCCUGUAUGGGCCAAGGGCGAGAGCCGUGUCCGCACACAUGCAGAAGACUGUCCAGACAGUUGCAAAGUCCGCUUUUCGGAGGAUCUCUGCGAGACAUCAUCAGCCGACGUCUCUAGGAUCACGCCACUUGGCAGUGGGAGCCUCGCAUAAUCAGCCACGUACGUCAUUGUCACCGUCAUUAUCGUCAUCGUCAUCGUCGCCGUCAUUGUCUUCGCCGUCCACCUCCUCCUCCUCCUCCUCUUCCUCCUCCUCUUCCUCAUUGCUGCAUCCUGUUGCCCCUUCGGUGCUGACGUCAGUGUCCAGCUCAGCUUUGUUAGGUAAGUCAUCAGUAUCCACAUUGCCACCACCAUCAAGUCAGCAGUCGUCGUCGAUGUCCUUGGGGCUACCUUCUUCGUCAUUAUCUUGUCAGAAUGCCGGCUACGGUUCUCCUAGCGGGAGGGAGGUGCGCUGUUCUCCGUCUUCUUCUUCUUCUUCUUCUUCUUCUUCUUCUUCUUCUUCUUCUUCUUCUUCUUCUUCUUCUUCUUCUUCUUCUUCUUCUUCUUCACCCUCGUCGUUUUCUGUUCAGGGCCCAACGCUGCUUGCGUCGUGCAGUCCGAUCGGGAAGAAUGGUCAAGGUCUGCUGGUUAGGAUAAUCGGCGAGUCGACUGCUGCUGUCCAUUCUUUCCUAAGAGAGAGCCUGAAACCCUUGGCUUCUCAGUUAGGAGCAUUUCCAUAUGCUGGAGACUCAGCUGUGUAGGAUUUCCCCCCUGCCCCCCUCCCCCCCCCCCCCCCCCCCCCUUUUCUUUUUGGAAAGUUUUUGCAGGGGAUGCAGCUGGGUAAGGACUUGUUUUCCUUUUUUGUUUUGUUCAUCGUGUAAUUCAGCUGUGUAAAAAUUGUGCCUGUUCACAUCACAGGACAGGCAAAACACUCCCCUCUCCUCCUGAAGGAAGAAUUCCAUCUUGAUCCACUAUUCACUUUGCUCCGUUGCUGCAGCACAAUCAAUAAUACGAUCAAUCAAAUCAAAAUUGAAAA